CCAACCAAACAGGCAGAUCCAUAGCAUCUUCGAAAGCCAAUUGUCGCUCCCCGUCAGAGCACCCUUUUCUCCAAAUAGUCAUAUUAAUGAAAUAGCCUAUUUCUCCAUUCUAAACCAUCCCGACAAGUCCUACUACCCCACAGUCCAAUCUCCCUCCGUGCGGGCAAGCAAGCACCACGCAUCCUCCGUACCGGCACAGCCAUGGCAAACAUCAACUACCGCACAAUCGACGUCGACUCGCUCGACCCGGACGCCCCCGUAAAUUUCCCCCUCGAGACCCUUCUCCCUUCCAACCUCCCGCCGUCCUCGUCCUCCGGUGCCGCCGCAAACAUCGCUUCGCAGAUCCGGCAGCUGCUGCGGUCCGGCGACUCGGAGGGAGCUUUGCGCCAUGCUCUUGACACGGCACCGCUAGGCGGAGAUGAUCGCGCGAAGGAGGUCCAUCUAGCCACGGUUGUAGAGGUGUUGCAGAGCAUACGGCAGGCGGAGAUGGCGAGGGUGCUAGAAGGCGUGUGCAGCGGGGAGGGAGGGGUGGAAAGGGGAGAUUGUCUGAUGAAGUACUUGUAUAGAGGCAUGGCGUCGCAAUCCUCAGGCGGUGGGGCAGCUCCGUCAUCGAAGAAGUCGUCUUUGUCACCGCAGAGCACCGGUUUCUCGCAGAUACAAGGUCGGAACUUUGGCGAGGGUGGCGGUGGCCAGCAGAUGGCUGUGCUGCUGAACUGGCAUGAAAGAUUGGUCGAGGUUGUCGGUGUAGGUUCGAUUGUACGAGUGAUGACGGAUCAACGGACUGUCUGAGAGCAGCUUACUUUGAGUUACUGGAAGAACGAAAGGGAUGAGGUUGCGUGCGCCUUUUGCACCCUUGCAAUCCCUUCGGGGCUGGUGCACUCGCAGUAUACAGGAUCCCGGGGGGUUACGGCUGGUUCAGUAUCGAUCGUCAAAGAGUCUAGAUCAUUCAGGAAGCAGAAUAUCUACUGAUUAUUGCUCAAAGCUCCCUCCUCCCAGCACAUCCUUGAGAUUUAUCUGACCGCUUCCUCUCUGCAGUGGCUGGGACUGUCCUUCUCCCUCUUUCCAUCCUAUCAUGUAUAUAAAUCUAAACGUAGCUGGGAUACCCUGCUCUCCUUCCUCCUCAUGCAAGGCUCUAUAUAUUGCUUCGUUCGCCAACAAGACGUCUCUUGACAUCGGGCCUAUUUCCCGCUGUUUGAUAGCAUUAUUUUCUCCCAUCGCCUGGAGAUCCAUCAUCAGCGCGAACGUAUUAGGGUAGCCAACCACUAUAUCUUCAACAUCUACCGUAAGCAGGCGGAAACCAGCCUUGUUCAACAGGCCACCAAUGUCUCGGACGUCCGCCAAUGGUGAGAUAUGCGGACUAACCCCGCCUCUGCGUUCGAGAUCCGCAAGCUGUAGGGAAGAGCGCAAUUCGAAGAGGGUGUCUCCGCCAAACAUCGCUGCAAUAAAUGGGCUAUCAGGCUUUAAAAUCGAGUUCACCUGCGAUAAUAGUGACGGUAGGUCAUUUAUCCAGUGUAUUGAGAGAGAAGAGAGGACGGCGUCGAAGGUAUUCGGCCCGUAAGGGAGGUGUUCCAAGCUAGGUACAACCUCUCGGGUGAUUGGUAUUUCGGAAUUAAAGGGCAGCGACUCGUCGCGGUAUAGUAAAGACGGUGACUCUUCCACACAUGUGAGCUUGGAUAUCCGCUUCGCUAUGGGUUCGGCGGGUUGUGCAUCGGGGAUGUCUGGGUCAACGUAAGGCUGCGUGAGGGCGCGUGCAAUAUUGCAGCUAUUCGCUCCAAGGUCAAGAACAUGGUUGAAAUUCCUUUUGAU